UCCUCGGCACCUCCCGUAGUGACGCCAUCAAAACAAGCCGGCCGGAGCAGCAUGGAGGAGUCCUGUUUCUGAGGAAUUUUUGACCUUCUGCAUCUUUAACAUUGCGCUAGUUCCUGUUUGAGUAAAACUUUGCAGCAUGUCAGUCAAGCAUGCAUCAGUCCAUGCCAAAUGGAUCAUCGGCAGAGUAAUUGGGACCAAAAUGCAGAAAACUGCCAAAGUAAGAGUCACAAGGCUGGUGCUGGACCCUUACCUGCUCAAGUACUACAACAACAGGAAGACCUACUUUGCCCAUGAUGCUUUGCAGCAGUGCACUGUGGGAGACAUCGUCCUUCUCAAGGCUCUGCCUGAGGCCAAAUCCAAACACGUGAAGCAUGAACUGGCUGAAAUAGUGCAUAAAGUUGGUCGGGUGGUCGACCCACUAACAGGAAAGAAUGUUGCAGGAAGUGAGUUUAUGGAGUCUUUGAGUGACCUUCCACUUACAGAAGAGACGACGCUAUCAGAAAAAGUGCAGGAGCUCAACAUCUCUGCUGCCAGCAGUGAAGCCGAAUCGCGGCCUGCAGAGACUCCGUCUUCAUGAUGGCAAACUGUUCUCUCAUGCGGUAUCACUAGCUUCAGUGUCACUCUGUUAAUGUAGAUAUAAGUUUAUAAUCCAGUAAUUGUAUUAUACAGAACAUAUGUGGAGAGCCUACAUGUAAUUUCCUUGCUGCUUGCUCGGGUAGAUUAAAUUCAAGACACAUUUUGGAGGAAUUUACAAUAAAAUGAUAAUGGGAACACUG